AUGGCGGGAGACCUAGACGACUUUCUACCAAAAAUAAAAUGUUCAAGCUGCCAGGCAGAGGUCGAGCUGUCGGCCAUGGGAGAACAUGUCUGCCAGAAGGAAGAUAAGCGUACGCAACACCGAAGUGCCUACACUGUGAUCCAUUUUCAUGGACUACCAUACUUCGUAACUUUGGAGACGAAUCCACUGACAUUGCUGCGUGUAGCACUCCCUCCUCCACCUGCACCACAAGCAGAGGCCAACUACGGGGAUGGUCGGCCCAGCACAGAAUUGGAUAACCUAGAUGGGCCUCUCGCCAAGGUUGGACGCAUGGCACCCCCACCUCCCAUUGAUCCCCAUGCUGCAAACCGUCCCUUUCUCCGAUUGCUCGUGCCGACAUCUCCAACAAGCGGCGGCAUCAAAUCGGCGUCUCCCCUGUCCUUCUCGCCAAAGUCACCCAUGCGUCAGCCUCAACGAAGUCAAACGUCACCCUUACCCAAUAUUCCCUCUCCAGAGCGAGCUAACAUAGACUCCGUGAUUCCUCCAUUCCCAGGACCUGAUCCUAGAGCCAGUACAAAGAGCAGGUCUAGGGCCAGGACCUUGGUCAAAGGAGAGCGCGUCCAGAGUCCUCUGGUAACCAGUCCCUCGGAGAUUGCGAAUAAUGGCUUAGAUUUCCGGCUCAACCAGUCAACAUCAACGCCAGUACAUGAGGAUGAUGACGAUGAUGACGAUCAUGAACGACGUCGACGCCGCUCGCGGGCCAACAGGCACAAACGGGAGGUCUCAGUCGAUAGCAAAAGCCUAUAUCGAAUGUCAAUGGCAAGCAGUCGCUAUGGGGAUUCGAUCUCUCGAUCCUCCACUCCAGGAUUCCCAAACACCGCUAGCCUGCGUGGCCACCCUAACUACUUGGACGAGAUCCCCCCUCUUCCAGCCUUUCCCAUCAAGAGUUACACACCAACCCCUUUCAUAGCCGAACCAGAGCCGUAUCAAUUUCCAAACACAGAAGAAUUCGAAAAUGAUAGAAUCGCCACGACUCCUCCCAGGAGCUCUGGAUUGUCGACUGGUCUUCCCGGGUUUGAACUUGGAUUUCCUAUCGAUGGGGAGCCCCCAAAACCGCAAGAUCGUCAUUCGCAUGCUGCACGAUUAUCAGAGGGUAGCCGUGGCAGCGUUCCUCUAGAGGUGAAACGUCCGGAUUCGCAAAGGGGACCAGGUCAGGAUGUUGAUUUCCCUGCGUAUUCUGUCCGGGAGGACUUCUCCGUCUCGAACUUUGCACGCGGUCUUGGUCUCGGUGACCCUUAUCAUACGACAAACGAUUCUACUUCAUCCUCAGAUUCUUCUCCUUCGGACGCUGCAACAACAGUAUCCUACUCUACACAGCCAUCCGAACCACCCAGUGCAGAGCUGAAGCCCCCUCCGAGCCCCUACAAGUACGACCUUGAUUCGCCAACGGACCCGUUAUUCCAGCAGGGUCGCUUUGAAUGCACGCCACCGAAAUAUGAACGCUUUGGUGAACUUGAAUCUGAACCAAAGCCAGAGGAACGAAGAGGUGAAGUACGAUCCGUCAGGUCUCGCCGUCCAUCUCAGCCCAACCAACGCCCGACGAAGACCGAUUCCCCUCCACCAACACCCGCUCCUCCAAAAUCGCCUGGACAACCUCGUCGUGUUCGUUGUCGGGGCUGCGGAGAAAUAAUCGUCGGCAAAUCUGUUUCUUCUGCUGAUGGUCGCUUAACCGGUCGAUGGCACAAAGCUUGCUUCGUGUGCUAUACCUGCCAUUCGCCCUUCCAGACGGCGGACUUUUACGUUCUGGACAAUAAUCCGUUCUGUGCACAACAUUACCAUGAACUAAACGGAUCAUUAUGCGCCUCUUGCGGACAGGGAAUCGAAGGACCCUGUCUGCAAACCGAGGAGAUAGUGCGAGACGAGAAAAGCGGUACGGAAAGAAGACAAAUCUUCCAUCCAGACUGUUUCAGGUGCAAGAUGUGUCGAAUCGUGCUGAGAGAAGAUUACCUCGAAUGGAAUGGCGACGUAUACUGCGAUCGAGAUGGUCGCAGAGCAGCAGCCAUUGCAUAUUCUCCUCCAUCGCCAGGUUUUCCUCCUGGUCCCGGUCCUGGUCCCGGUGCCGGUUUCGGUUCAGGUCCCGGACGAGGCCGAUCCCCAGGACCCGGGUACAAUGGUCCACCACCUCCAGGCUAUGGCCGUCGACCGUCCUACAACUCGCCGCUCCCCGGCGCACCGCGAGGUGGAUCAGGCCCGGGACCAGGUCGAGGCCGCGGCCAGGGUCCAGGACGAGGUUACCCAAUUCCGCCCAACCGAGGACCUGGCGGUCCUCCCGCAAUGCCGAAAAUAUACCCUCCCAGCAGAAGCGGCAGUGGACGCAGCAAGCAGCCUCCUCCGAUGGGAAACUCUCUGAAUCUUCCCGGUCCACGCAAGUUCCCAGAACGGCGGAAGACGAAACUGAUGAUGCUAUGAUGAUACACAGACACACACCCCUUAUAUAAUUAUACACAUAUAUGUAAUUAGAUCUAAUUACUAACUCCCAGGGAUAGGCGGAGAGAAAAGACAAUGCUCUCGAUAAACGCCCCCUCUUUGCUCUUUAGGCCCUAUUAUUCAUACGGUUCUACCAUUCCCUAUUCUAGUCUUGCCGUUCUACAUUCCCCCUCUCCUUCUAUACCCCUUAACGAUCCCUCGCUGCCCGCUGCCUCCGCAAGUUCCUGUAUCCUCAAAACAAUUCUCCUUUUUCAUAAUCCCGUCACCACCAGAAUGCUCCUUUCGUCUUCUUGUUAUUGAUUUGUAUCAUGCUGCCUGGAAGUGUUGAUUUCCUUGUCAUACUCCUUUUUCUUUUUUGUUCCUCUCUCUCUUCGUUUGGACCCGGAAAACAGGACUGCUGGAGAUAGCUUUAUACCCUCUUGUCUUUUGACAUUUUUGUUCAUUUAUUGAAUUGUCUAUCUACUGAUUUAUUCAUCAUUUUGUUUUAUAUUUCCUGCUGUAUUAUUUCUAUAUUAUUGAUCCACUUUGUUCAGUUCAUGCCUUCUUUGCCUGUUGGUGUACAGUGCUGUAUGUGAAUAGCUGAUAUUAUCAGUCAACACUCAAUUCACGC